AUGAUGACGCCACAAGUCACAGGCGGAAACUGCGAGGAGGAGUUGCGCGCCGCCAUCCUUCGUGUGCGACUGCUGCUUGCUUUGCACGGGCGGGCGAACACAGAUGGUCAUGCUGAGCAGGAGAGUACAGUGCCCGCCGGGUCAACGGCACCGUCGCCGCUGCGGGAGAGCACCGCGUGCUUCUACAGCAACUCCCUCCGCACCGUGGACCUCGAGGAUGGGAGCAGUGAGAAGGUUGAGUUGGAUGGGCACAAGAUGCAGGAAGACACGCGUCACACACAUAGCGAGGCAGUGGAUAGAGAUGAGCGAGAGAAGUCUGCCGUUGCGCAGGCGCUGCCGCUUCCACGGCUUCGCUGGCAGUUCCCAACGCUGCAGCAGCGACUGGAUGCAGUGGAGAAGGACAGAGAGAGACGGCAGAAGCGGGCGGACCGCGCCCCGAAGCGGGGUUGGUUCCGAAGCAAUCCUGUCGCCGCAGCCGCAGUCGUCGUGUGUGGCGAUAUUGAUGACGCCAAUGAGGACAUCAAGAAGAAAAGAGUGGUGAUCAUGCACGAACGAGCAGUUCCUCAGCCCUUACCUUGA